ACAGGCUGCUAGCUCGACAUUCUGUAGUCAGCGCAGCUCAACAGGUUAAGUUACUCAAGUUUCUGUUGUAAACAGCUUCUUUUUUUCUUUCUUUCUUUAUCAUAAGUUAUUAUGCUUGUCAUCCGGGAGAACUCAGCACGUCGGCGCUUUUGAAAAUCAACUUGAGAAAAUCAGGAAUACCCUUCGGGGAGAAUCAAUCGGACCGAAUUAUGUUCUGAACCAUCACCCAUCAUGAACGUCAAGGUGCAAGCUCUAUAUGACUUCCAAGGAGAGCCAAAAUCUUCUGAACUGACCAUCACUGCUGGUGAAAUUCUCACAGUGACCCGUCAGGACGUAGGAGAAGGGUGGUGGGAAGGUACCAACCAAAACGGAGAAACAGGAUUGUUUCCAGCAGCAUAUGUUGAAAAUUACGAAGCGACAGAGUUCUGGGAAGAUGAAUGGGAGGACGACUGGGGUGACACAGCUCCAACAGAUCCUUCUCCACCUGAAACUGAACUUCCACAACCACGUGCACUUCAUAAUGAACCAUCAGUUAAAGGCAAUGAUGAAACAACUGCUCAGGUCUUUGCCCGUAGAAAUUUCAACAGGCAUUCAACAUUUUUAAAAUCAAUUGGUGAAAAUUACCUAUUGAGUGUGGCGAAUCGACCAGUCCCCGAUACUGAAAAGCUGAAAAUAAUUGACGGAGGAGAAAACGGUUAUUUAUGGGCACCUAUAACAGAGCCCUAUUACUGUUUGGUGGCAUCGCCCAAAAAAGAAUCGAAGCUCAAAGGAUUGAAAAGUUUUAUAGUGUAUCAAAUCACACCAUCUUUUAAUAACAUACAAGUUUCAAGACGUUAUAAACACUUUGAUUGGCUGCAUGAACGUCUCGAAGAAAAAUAUAGCUUUGUACCUAUCCCUCCACUCCCUGAAAAACAGAUUUCUGGGCGAUACGAAGAACAAUUUAUUGAACAUAGGAAAAAUCAACUUCAAGCAUUUGUUGAUUGCGUCUGCCGUCAUCCCGUUUUGUCAAGAUCGCCAGUUUGGCAGCAUUUCAUUACUUGUACAGAUGAUAAAAUGUGGAAAGUUGGGAAACGUAAGGCUGAAAAAGAUGAAUUUGUUGGUGCGUGCGAGUUUUAUGCAAUCGAUGCACCUGAAACGAGUAUCAAUCAAUUUACUCUAGAACAAGAAACACUUAGUUGUUCGAAGUUUGUACAUAACAUGGAAGGAGCUGUUAAACAUUUAAUAGAUACUACAAUUGACCAAACAAAAAAACAUCAGGGGCCAUAUAAAAGAGAAUAUCAGAAAAUUGGUCAAGCAUUUUAUACAUUGAGCCAAGCGAUGAGUAGCGAUUUGCCCAAAGCCGUAGGCCAUGAACAUUUGACAACUGCAAUCAAAGCAAUUGGCGACUCGUACAGCGACAUUGGCCGAAUGUUUGAAGAGCAGCCAAAAUUGGAUUGGGCCCCUCUUGGAGACAUGCUGCACAUUUACAAGGGUUUACUUACAUCGCUCCCUUAUAUUCUCAACCUACAUAAGAAAGCAUUGCAGACUAAAAAGGAUUGUGAAAAAAUGACUUUUGAUCAAAAGAUGAACACGUCGCAAUUGGACGUUGUUACCAGACAUACAGACAUUGUUUCAUAUUCUCUCUUAGCAGAAAUCAACCAUUUCUACAUGGACCAAGCGGAUGAAGUCUCCAAAUCUUUAAAAAACUAUCUCACACAACAAGUCACAUUCUAUAAAAAAAUUACGGAGAAAUUGGAAAGUGCUCUAAGUAUGCUUGAUGCUUGAUGUAAAAUUCUUUUGAACAGUAUUGCCUAAUAAUUGAAUAAAAGCAAAUAUUUUUUGUAAUUAAUUAAAUCUAACAGCAGCAUAUUAUGAAUUGAAUUACCUUAUGUAUAUGAAUACUAUUUAUAACGUUUAUAUUGUAAAAUAUAUUUUUUUGCCUUCCUAA